AUGUGGAGGAAAGUCUUUGCUCCGUCUUCUCCUGGAACAAAACAGAACAGAGAUGAGACUGAGAGGAGACUGAAAGGAGAAAGAGAUGAGACUGAGGAGACAGAGGAGGAGAGACAGGAAGAGACAGAGGAGGAGACAGAAGAGGAGACAGAGGAGGAGAGAGAGAGGAGACAGAGGAAGAGAGAGGAGGAGACAGAAGAGGAGACAGAGGAGAGAGAGAGAGGAAGAGACAGAGAGGAGACAGAGGAAGAGACAGAGGAGGAGAGAGAGAGGAGGAGACAGAAGAGGAGACAGAUGAGGAGAGAGAGAGGAGACAGAGGAAGAGAGAGGAGGAGACAGAAGAGGAGACAGAGGAGAGAGAGAGAGGAAGAGACAGAGAGGAGACAGAGGAAGAGACAGAGGAGGAGAGAGAGAGGAGGAGACAGAAGAGGAGACAGGAAAAGAGAGAGGAGGAGACAGAAGAGGAGACAGAGGAGAGAGAGAGAGGAGACAGAGGAAGAGACAGAGGAGGAGAGACAGGAAGAGACAGAGGAGGAGACAGAAGAGGAGACAGAGAGGAGACAGAGGAAGAGACAGAGGAGGAGAGAGAGGAAGAGACAGAAGAUGAGACAGAGGAGACAGGAGAAAAGAGAGGAGGAGACAGAAGAGGAGACAGAGGAGGAGAGAGAGAGGAAGAGACAGAGAGGAGAAAGAGGAGGAGACAGAGGAGGAGAGAGAGAGGAAGAGACAGAAGAUGAGACAGAAGAGACAGAGGAGAAGAGAGAGGAAGAAACAGAGGAGGAGACAGAAGAGGAGACAGAGGAGGAGAGAGAGAGGAGACAGAGGAAGAGACAGAGGAGGAGAGAGAGAGAGGAAGAGACAGAGAGGAGAAAGAGGAGGAGACAGAGGAGGAGAGAGAGAGGAAGAGACAGAAGAUGA